GGACCCUGAACUCGAGAGAUCCUGCCGACUGUCUGACCAAUAAGGCUGCUCUUCUGGAAAGAGACGCUUCUUUUAGGCUCUUUUUUCACAAACAAGACAAAACCUGGAACCACAAAAACAAGGAGGACAGAUAUCCCGCUUAAAGGAUGCAGGACGGGAGUUGGAACCAGCCACUCCCCAUCUCUCUGCUGCUGAAGGACCCGGCAGGAGGCGGGACUUUGGAGGGCGAUGGCGGGGUGUUUUCCGAGGCGUCCUCUGAUGGGGAACUGUACCUUGACUCAGUCACAGAGCUGGAUUCUGGAGACGGGGACUUUGCAGAUCUCACUGCCUUCUUGAACGCAGAUGAGAUCAACAUUAGCCUGGACCUGGCCCGGGAGGCCUUUGGAGACCCAUUUGAAUCUGUAGAUCCCGGCCCCUCUAAUCCUAAACCUCAGGAGCAGGCUCUCCAACAUUUUCCCUCGUUUCCUGUGGCCCCCCAGACUACUCCAAACCUCAGUAAAAACCAAAACCUGCAGCACCAGACCAAAGCCCCCUGCCCGGAUGAAACUGCAGCAGUCAGUGUCUCCUCGAGCCAGAUCGCGCCCCUCAGCAAACCCCUACAGGUGUGCAGUGAGACUCCGUCCUCCACUGAGAAGGUUGUCUGCCACAAACCGCUCCAUCCAGUUUAUAAGCAGGACAAACCCAGACUACUUCAUGAAGGCCUGGAGCUGACCGAUCGGGCAGCGUCAGCCUCAGAGUUCUGCAGCAGAGCGGCCACAUUCAUCGAGGAGCUGUCCUCCAUCUUUAAAGGUGCUGCACAGGUAGAGCCCCUAGUAGAGGAGGACUCCUCCUCUCCUGAUAGUGGCUAUCUGACUCCAAGGAGCCGGCGACCGGCCCCGCAGGGCUCGGUGUCUGCGCCGCCUCUGCCUCCCAGCCAGCAGGAGGAGAUGCAUCAAAGUCACCCAGCAGUGAACCAGGAGCCCUCGCCUGGAGGCCUGACAGGGGCGACAGCUCCUGAAGGGUACUCUGGAGGUCUGACCAGAGACGGGUCACUGUCUCCUCCCUGUUUCCUGCAUAAGCUGAAGAGCCAAGAGGUGGCAGAAGGAAGCCCCAUCCGUCUGGAGUGUAGAGUCAGAGGAAACCCCCAGCCACUCGUCAGGUGGUUCUGUGAAGGCAGAGAGCUCCACACCUCUCCUGACAUACAGAUCUGGAGGGAUGGUGACCUGCACACUUUGGUGAUCGCUGAAGCUUUCGAGGACGACACAGGACGUUACACCUGCGUGGCUUCCAACAGUCUGGGAGCAGAUAACACCUCUGCUGAGGUUUACAUCGAAGGAGCUUCGUCAUCAGAUUCGGAAGGGGAAGGAGCCGCGUCAAAGUCCAGAUCCGGAAACAUGCCUCAAGUUCAGAAGAAGAUGACUUCAAUGUCCCUGACAAUACGCUCAUCAUCACCCAAAACCACAGAGGUCCUUCCUCUCCGCUCCACCCUGGUCCAGUCCCUGUCUCAGCCCCCGCAGCGGAUGCAAAGCCCUCUGUCACUGUCACUGUGUGGUGGUGAGGUGUCAGGUCCGCCGUUAUUCACUAAGCUGUUGCAGGAUGCCCAUGCAUCUGAGGGCCAGGUGGUGGUUCUGGAGUGCAGGGUCAAAGGAAGCCCUCCUCUUCAGGUCAGAUGGUACCGCCAAGGAGAGGAGAUCCUGGAUUCUCCUGAUUUUCGGAUUCUCCAGAAAAAGCCCCGUUCUGCGGCUGAACCAGAGGAGAUAUGUACCCUGGUGAUAGCCGAGGCCUUUCCAGAGGAUGGAGGCCUGUUCUGCUGCUCAGCCUCCAACCCGUACGGCUCUUUGAAGAGCACAGCCCAACUCACCGUCACUGCAGCAUCUGAGGACUCAUCCAGUAAUGGGAUGUCUGGAGAUAGCUCAGGGUUUGAGGAUGCAGCAGCCUUCCCCCCACCUCCCCCACCCACAGAAAUCAGCCUCCUGGAGCUGCCACCCAGGACGCUGCCUCCAAACAGGAAUGAAUCUUUCCAAAUCAGGGAGCUGGAGAUCUGGCCCAGUGUUUCCAUCAUGCCUCCAGUGCAGAUGAGCUCAGAGGUUGAGGAUAAAGGAAAGGGGUCCACACAGAAUGGCCAACCCACAUAUCCACCGGCUCCACCAAGUCCACCCAAGGCAUCUACCCCACCUCCACCCCCUCCUCCCCCUCUACCACAGUUUGACCCAAUGACAGAUGUCCCAGUCCAAGUCCAAAGUCCAGUCAAGGUGGCACCAGACGCACCUCCAUCCCCAGGCAAACUGUCUCCACCCCAUGGGAAAGAAGGACCCCCACUGCCUACCAAGCCUAAACCGAGGCUAAACGCCUCCCAGCUGAAGCAGCUGCAGGACCAGAUUCUAUUGGAGCAGCAGGAAGCGGCUAACUGGCAGCAGCAACUAGACCAGCACAACCAGGAAGCCCCGCCUCCUCCUCAGCAACCGCCUCAGGAAGAGCUUCCACCUGCUCCCCCGUCUCCACCUCUCCCCCCUCCUCCUUCCUUCCAGGAGCUGGAAAGCAACACGACCAUGCAGGCCAGCACCUUCAACUACGCCCGGCCCAAGCAGUUCAUCGCCGCUCAAAGCCCCGGGAUCGGAUCCGGCUACAUCACCCAGUCCUCUGGCUCCUCAGGGUCCAGCCUGUCCUCCCCUCUGUCUCCCCCCGCCUCUCACAAGUCCUUCAGCAGGGUCCCCAUGCCCCCCUUCACCAAGGCCGGAAGUGUGGAGUCUCCCAGCUCCCCUUCAUUCCCGCCUCCACCUCCACCCUUCCUCAGCUCCAGUAACCUGCCCUCUCCAUCGGGCCCAGCUCAAGACUUCCCUCCCCCUCCCCCUCCUCCCCCUCUGCCCGUCUCCAUGUCUCCAGCGUACUCAGAUAUGUCCUCGCCCUUCUCCUCUGUCCCUCCAUCUCCCGCCUCCAGCUUCCUGUCCUCAGUGCUGCCCUCCACACCCUCCACACCUGGCAGUCCCAUAGUCAACGCCCUCGGCCUCCCUAAAGGCAACGGGACUGUCAAAGCGUUCCCCAAGAAGUCCUCGGUCACCAGGACGCCUCGCAUCUCAUCCGACUCCGACAUCCAGGGGUCCAAGGAUGCCGUCAUCCAGGACUUAGAGAGAAAGUUGCGCUUCAAAGAAGAGCGCAUGAGCAAUGGUCAACAGAGGUUAACCUAUGAGGAGAAGAUGGCUCGCAGACUGCUGGGUGCUGACAACGCCGCCACAGUCUUAAACACACAGGAGACAGAGGAGGAGCCGGUCACACAGGAAUACAUGCCGUCUGAAAGACAAUCUUUCCCUCAAAAGGAAUAUAAAGUUUCCAGCUUCGAGCAGCGACUGAUCAGUGAGAUUGAGUUCCGUCUGGAGCGCUCUCCAGUGGAGGAAUCGGACGACGACGUUCAGCACGAUGAAGACUCUGUCAGCCGCGGGGUGGCGCCGUCCUUCGACCAGAAGCUCAAACACUACAAAGUCUUCGAGGGAAUGCCGGUCACCUUCUCUUGCAAGGUCCACGGAGACCCCAAGCCAAAGGUGUACUGGUUUAAAGACGGUAAGCAAAUCUCUAAGAGGAGCGAGCACUACAGGAUCAGUCGAGACGCUGAUGGAACCUGCUUUCUGCAUACUGCCGCUGCCUCGUUGGAUGAUGACGGCAACUACACCAUCAUGGCAGGCAACCCUGAGGGCAGGGUGAGCUGCACCGGCAGGAUGAUGGUCCAGGCUGUGAACCAGCGAGGCCGAAGCCAACGCUCUGCCCCUGGACACAUGCGCAGGCCCAGAUCCAGAUCUAGAGACAGUGGUGACGAGAACGAUAACAUCCAGGAGCGUCACUUCCGUCCUCACUUCCUGCAGGCGCCCGGUGACCUCAUCGUUCAGGAGGGACGACUGUGCCGGAUGGACUGCAAGGUGAGCGGCCUGCCCACUCCUGAUCUCAUCUGGCAACUGAAUGGACAGACCAUUCGCCCAGACUCCGCCCACAAGAUGCUGGUGAGGGAAAACGGUGUGCACUCAUUGGUCAUUGAGCCUGUGACCAGCCGUGAUGCAGGCAUUUACACCUGCAUCGCAAGCAACCGAGCCGGGCAGAACUCCUUCAACCUGGAACUCAUUGUUGCAGCCAAAGAGAUGCACAAAGCCCCUUCAUUUGUGGAGAAGCUGCAGAACACAAGUGUGGCCGAAGGUCAUCCUGUACGACUCGAGUGUCGGGUCACAGGUGUUCCCUAUCCCCAAAUCUUCUGGAAAAGGGAGAAUGAGUCGUUCACUCACAACACAGACAGAGUCAGCAUGCACCAGGACAACUGUGGCUACCUGUGUAUGAUCAUCCAGCCGGCCAUGAAAGAAGACGCCGGCUGGUACACGGUGUCAGCCAAGAAUGACGCAGGCAUCGUGUCCAGCACCGCACGCCUCGAUGUCCACACUCAGUGGCAGCAGCCCAACCUCCCAAAGCCCAAGAAGGUGCGUCCCUCCACCAGCCGCUACGCCGCCCUGACAGAGAGAGGCCUGGACGUGAAGGCGGCCUUUUUCCCAGACUCCAGCCCACUGCCCGGCGGCCUGGUGGAAAGUGACGACCUGUAGAGACCACAAGAUGGCACGAGUUGGGAUGCUGUCCCCGCAGAAAACGCCUGAAUGCUGCCCAACAACUCCAGCACUCCUGAGACAAAAAAUAACAUCAAACUAAAGGACUCAGAACUUAAGGGUGGGCAAAAGUGAGCCGGUGCAGCUGUGGUUUUCAUAUGUUUUUAUCCUCUGACACAACCCAUUAUAUCACAGAAUCAUCAUCAAGUUGUUUCUGCAAGCUUCAUUUUAUCAACUGGACCUGAGAAGUGAUUGACGAGGGAAGACUGCUCGAAAAAUACAAACUCUCAUGAGACUCUGUUUUGCAAAGGGUUGUCUCUUUAAGUGCCUUUCAUGUCUGUAAAGAUUUCAAGAAAACAGGUUUAGCAAUAAAACAUAAAAAUGACUUUGCAUGUUUAAGUGGUGCCAUUUGAAAUACACAGAUUAAAGCUGUAUCUAUAUGUAGAAACUUGUUCCAGCAACUUUUAAAGGAGACUGAAUGACUGAAAGCAUGGUGGCUUUGACGAAGGAGAACACACACUUGUGUCAUUAUGUGGGCUUGUUUAGCACAGUGCUGAUAUCUACAGUAUCUGACUGUAGUUGUCAUAGGUUAGCUGACAGAUUGUGGAAAAGGCCGGGCCUUCAGUUAAGUUUUUUUUUUUAAAGGAAAAGAAACAAGGUUUGGGAAAAAGAGCGCUCAAACAGGAAUAGAUUUUGUGGGGGAUGAAGAGGUUGAAAGGAAAAAAAAAAUGUUUCUACCUGGGCCUUUAUUACAUAUUUUGGCUUCUAAAUGACAGACACAUUUGUAUUGCUCCUUUAUAUUUUGUAUGUAUUAGAAAGUUAGACCCAAAAUAUGCAAUAACAGGCCCAGUUUGAGUUUGAAUUUCAAUUUCCCUUUAAGGAAAGUCCGAUCAAUCUGACACAGGGAGGUGAAGUGACAGAGAAAAGCAGGUUUUUUGUGAUGGAUUGACUUAAAGGUUGGUGAGGAAACACUUAAUUUAGGGAUGCGAGUGUCUGUGGCAGUGGUGAGGAUGACAGUUUCAAUAACCUUGGUGAUGUUGGGUCAUUUUCGCAUUUUCUUUUUUUCUUUUCUGUGACGGUUUUAUUUUCAAAGUGUGAAUAGAAAUGUUCUCACUGGAGAGAGAGAGAGGGUGCUGUGAAAGGUUUCAGUGCUGUAAUCACACAGACGUCACAGUUUUGUCCAUUUUAUUUUUGUAUGAAAGAAAAGACUCAACCAGCAAUCAUGACAUAAAUUAUAUAACAGCAACCAUUUGUCUCACUGAUAAAACAAUCUUCUCUGUAUUAAGCUUUAUAAAUAUAUUCACAGCCUUAAUCCUCUUUAGGUUCAAUGCAAACACAGUUUUCUUUGCAUGUUAUUUUUGGACACUUGUACAGUGCCAAACAGGAUGUAUAAAACACAACAUGACUCUUUCUUUAAGCCAGUGAAAAGUUUAAAAAACAAGGUAUAUUUAUAUCUAAUAUUUUCAUCACCUUUGUAACAGUAUACAGAAUGGACAUCUUUUCUCUUGUCUCGCAUCGGCUGACAGUUUCUGUGUUUGCACAUUUCUAUGCCAAUCAAUGCCUGUAUAUGGAUUGUUCUCCUGAUAUUAUUUUAGGUUAUGAAAGUUAAUAAAGCUCUUCAGAGACA